AUGAACAAUAAUGUGUACGGUAAAACUAUGGAAAACGUGAGGAAACAUGUUGAUGUCCAAUUAGUCAAUACAGAAAAAAAAAAAGCGAAAAAAUUGGUAGCUGCACCAACCUUUCAUAAUUUCAGAAUUUUUGAUAAUGAUUUGGUUGGAGUACAAAGGUUGAAAAACUGUGUUAGCUUAAACAGGCCCAUAUAUGUAGGAUUUGUCAUACUAGAACUUAGUAAAUAUCAUAUGUACAAUUUUCAUUACAAUCAUAUCAAAAAACAAUAUGGAGAAAGAGCCAAGCUACUUUUUACUGACACAGACUCUCUCACGUACGAAAUUUUAACAGAAGAUGUAUAUCGAGAUAUGAGUUUUCAUACGCAUCUGUACGAUAUGUCAGAUUAUCCGAAGACUCAUGCUUUAUACAAUAUCAAUAAUAAAAAGAAAAUUGGAUGCUUCAAAGAUGAAAUGAAUUCCGAACCAAUACUGGAGUUUAUAGGACUGAGGGCGAAAAUGUACUCUCUACUGUUGGAUGAUGAAAAUUCGUGGCCGGAAAGCUCCAGGGAACUUCUUGGAGGUUCGAAGCAGGGACAUACCCUCCUAAGACCGCACUCCACACCAGCAACUCUUCUGUGGUUGGAAGAGAACUAUGAAACAGCAGAAGGUGUAUGCAUACCAAGAAGUACUCUUUAUAUGCAUUAUGUUGACUUUUGUGCAAAGAAUUUCAUGCAGCCUGUGAAUGCUGCUUCGUUUGGAAAGAUCAUUCGGCAGCAGUUUCCUCAGUUAACUACUCGAAGAUUAGGGACCAGAGGACAAUCCAGGUACCACUAUUAUGGGAUAGCGAUCCGGGAGAGCUCUGCAUAUUUCCAGAUAUCCUUUUCCAAGAAAGGGGCUAUAGGCUGCGAGCCUCGGAGGGAUGCUGCCAAACAGGCGCCUCUUUACUCAACACGCUCCAGAAACGGAACUGUUCUGCCUGAAUUUCCUAGUGUUAAGGACCUCCAUCUGCCUCCAUCUGUAGACAUCGAAAAGAUGAGCACGUUCCUAAUGAUGUACAGAACCCAUUGUCAAAGACUGCUAGAUACCAUUGUUCGAGCCAGUUUUGAUGAAGUACAGAGUUUCCUAUUGCAUUUCUGGCAAGGUAUUCCUCCCCAUCUUCUGCCAGUUUUAGAAUCAAAUGCUCUCAUAAAUUUAGUAGGUGUAUGUGAUUGUAUCCUGUAUCGAACUAUAUCCAACGUCUUGUUGCCAUCCAUGUUACAUACGCUGCCGGAAAGCUUAACAAAAGUGGUCAGGAGGUUUGCCGAAGAACUGGACAGUUGGUUAAAAACAGCCAUUGCUCACCUUCCAGAUAAUCUUAAAGUUGUCAAACUGGAAAUGGCAACGAGGUUUUCUCAUACGUUACGCCGCCAGAUGUCUUUGAAUCACUUGGCUCAAGCGUCUCGAAUGGUUGUCCACAACAGUGACAUAACUUCUCAAAUGUUACAUGACUGGAGGCAACUCGACUUAGAUGCAAUUUGUAGGGAAACACUCUUCAGCACAGAGCACACUGCUACCACUUGUCAGCUAAUAUUAAAACUAGCAAAAGAUUUUGAAACUUUGUUGGAAGAUGAUGCACCUAUUGAGAGCUAUAUUGAGUGGUUAGAGUCUCUUGUCAACAAAUGUGCCGUCCAUGCUUCUGGUAAACGAAAAGGAGGGAGCCGGCGUCUUGCUCGCCAGUUCCUACUUUUAUGGUCUGCAUUUGGUACCCGAGUCAUAAGGGACAUGACGUUACACAGCGCAGCCAGUUUCGGUUCUUUUCAUCUUUUGAGGCUUAUGUUCGACGAUUAUGUUCUAUUUCUCGUCGAAAGCAUUCAUACAGAAGACCAGAUGAAGGAUUUCAUGAGGAAUCUCAUUAACGAUGCACCACCCCACAUUACAGCGUUUUCAGAGUACCAGAACUUGACCACUGGCGUUGAAAUGGAAAACAUGGAAUCUUUUACAGCAAUACACCAAAAUCACAGUUAUGCUUCGUGUUCGUCGGAAUCACCCAACGCUUCUUAUGAAGAAGCGCCUUCAGAAAACCAGACCUCUGCUUGGACAUCCGGCGAAUGCUAUCAAAGUUUCUAUCCCGCAAGCAAUGCUUGCGAUAGCCGAAGACCAUGGAAUUCAUCAUCAAAGCAUGAAAAUAAAGCUUAUAACUAUCAACAAACCGCUCAGUAUUUAAUUGUCAGCCAGGAUGAUGGACUAUCGAUGCAACCUCCAUCACAUUCUGGGUAUGAAGACACCUACGGUCAGCAAGAAGAGAAUACUGUGGAACAAAGUGGUCCAUCUUCAAUAAUGUACACUGCUUCUGGAGCAAUAUAUCAAAGCUAUACUUUUGUUACACAUGACCCUAUGAUACCAGAUGCUACACCUUCGCCUCCUGAUAAAAGAGUUCACCAUCAUCUUACUCUAAGAAUGGAUGGCACUCUAUAUUGCGAUGGUUGAAUACUUGCCUUCAAAUUAAACAAAUCGGAUUUACACUAAGCCUGAGAUAAUCAUCUCAUACUAUGAACAUUUUACAAUACUUGCAGCUUAUAAAAUAUUAAAAAAAAAAAUGUUAGAAACAUUUCAAAAAGUUUUAGAAAUGAUGCAUUGUAUUCACUGCUUUAAUCAAAAUAUGUCAUGAUCAAAAUGGUGCAAGAUUUGAUUUAAAAUUAUCGUGCAAUUCUUCCUCUGUCUUAACAGGUAUUGAAAUAAUUACUAUCGUUCUGUUUGUGACAUUUUGGUAAACACCUUGAAAAUUGUCUUCCAGAAUCAAAGUGUUUUUUUAAAAUUCAUUAUAAUCUUAAAUGUAGGGAAAAAAGGUGGAACAUUGUAUGAAUAAAAUACGAAGAAAGAAGAAGCUAACCAAAAUAAUGAAAGAAAUUUUGAAUCAAUAUGCAAAAUUAUGGUUUUUUUUUAAUCACUUCUCUGAAUACGGAACAAUCAUAUAAAUAAAAUAUAACAGUAGCUUUCUAUGCAAAAUAUAUUUCCAGGGAGUCCUGAAAUAUUUUCAAGAUAUUUAUUUCCUCAAUAUGUACUUAUUUUUAUUUAUUUAAUUGUAGAAAUUAUAACAAAUAUAAAUAGAGUAAUUCAAAUUUUUGUGGUAGUCUGCAUCAGAAGUGCAAUCAUUUGCCUAC